CAAAGGGAAAGCCUCAAUGGGAAUGUUUGACCAAAGCCGCUGCCGCUCCAGAUCCGGUACCCUUAUCACCCAUCACUGCCACCAUUAUCACCACCACGACCACUUGGCAAGCGGACCGAAUGGACAUGUAGGGGAUGUCAGAGAGGAUUCGUCUAGCGGCGCUUUUGGCUGUCCCCUCUGGACAAUGUAGCUGUGCUCCCAGAUGUCUAAAUCUGCAAAGCGGGGAGCAUCAGGAGGUCGAAGGGUGAACUUGUUGAGAUUGGAUGGCGUCGAAAGUCGUCGCAAUGGUGAGAGAUAUAUAUCAAGUGGAUCCCGUGGAAGCAGUGCAAAGAUGAGAAGCCAGCAGAUGAUUCAACAAGCGCGCAGCUCUAUGGAGGCCUUCUGCAUGCGCCUCAAGAGACAUCCAUGGUUCGAAGAGAACAACCAGCUUGUGCGGUGGCAGGAGAGCAAGCAGAUCAUCAACGUCUCUAAGAUCAGCGCCCAGGGCGACGCUUGGAGGCAGUGGAACCGGGAGCAGAGGCAGAACGAUAGAGCAGCGGACCGCAGCGCUUGGGCGGAGGGAAAGGCGCAGAGGGCCGCUAGCCUCCAGACCAGCCGCAGCCGCAAGAUACGGAUCCUCCAGGCGGGCCCCACGUCCAAAGCCGCCCGGGGAUGGUGGGAGACCUCGCCCAGGAAGUACACGAAGGACAGCAUCACCACGGCGUUCCACGCCGCCGCGGGCGUCCCGAGGAUGGUCGCCAGGCCAGCUUGCACCUUGAUGUUCGGACUCCGUGCCGACCGCCAGUCGAGGGCGCAGUGUGACGUGGUCACGGCUAUUGCUCGCACUGAAGCGAAGCCGAGAGGGAAAGGCACCGUGACCAGGCUGCCGUGGCGUUCUUGCACACGCACGCUCGCCAAGCACCUCCCCAGCACCGGCUGGGUGCCCAGGCCAGCAGCGCCUUGGACCUGGCAGCAUGCCCCGCUGCGCUUCGAGCCUUUCCUGGACUGCGAUAGCCAGCUCUGGCAUGGAUUUCGCCCCGUCGCCCAGCUCCUCCAGGAGGCCUGGCGGCGCGCAGACUACAGCUCCUUCGACUGCUACAUGAAGAAAAUGUAA